AUGGCGGCACCAACCAGCAAGACACUCAAAGACCUCAAUGGCAAAUGGAACCUGAACAAGGAACUGUCCGACUCGCCCGAUGCGGGGCUCGCCCUCCAGGGCAUCGGCUACCUGACGCGCAAGGGCAUCGGCCUCGCCUCCAUCAGCAUCACGGUCAAGCAGUACGAGGGCCCAGCCAAGCAGCCGGCGGGCCCGGCGGGCGACGGGCCCUUCACGCACAUUGACAUUGUGCAGUCGGCGUCGGGCCUGACGUCGACGCAGGAGCUGCGCUGCCUCGACGACCACGCGCGCGAGCACAGCGACUGGCUGUUUGGCACCGUCGACGGCCGGUCGCGCUGGGCGAGGCUCGCCGACAUCGAGGGCGCGUACCUCAAGCAGGGCUGGCUCACGACGGGCGACGGUAACGACGACACCGUUGUCGUGAACCGCGCCGUCAGCAAGGGCAACGGGUGGACGGCGACGCAGGUCUGGGGCUUCCAGGAGAUCAAGAGCCAGAGGCGGUACUGCCGCAACGUGGUGAUCGAAAAGGGCGACAAGAGCGCCGAGUUUCGCCUCGUCUACGACUUUGUCGAGUAG